AUGUCCGUCAGUCAAACUUUGGCUGACGCUCAACAAUCUUCUCUUCUUACACGCUCGAAUUUUCGCAAAAUGAGAGAUAAGUGGGCAAAGAAGCGUAUGCGUCGUCUCCGCCGUAAGCGUCGUGCCAUGCGUGCUCGUUCAAAGGAUCUGGAUGAAGUUGAAUAA